UCGUUUAAUUUACACAUUUUUUAGCACCUUCUAUAAAUAUAGAUAUUGCAGUAAUAUUUAAAACAUUGCUAAAAAUAGAGAACCCUCGUUUCGAGUUUCAAAACUAGUGACUUUGGAUGUGUUUGUGGUAUCGUUGGCAGGCUUGACACAAAAUCGUUGGUUUGACAUGUGUCAUUUUCAAAAAUCAAACAAACACUACAAUGACUUCUCUAACCGGAGAAUUCAGUGAUUUAAGAAAAACCGAGCCCGAGAAUAAACCAAUAAUUGAAAGAAAUGCCCUUAGUACUAUUAAAAGACCUCGACAAUACCAGCGUCGCAAAAUCAACAUUAUGCCCUUGUGUUUGGACGAAAUUCAAAAAGAAAUCGAUGAAGCUGUAGCCGAUUCUGGACGCACGUGGGAAUUUCCAAAAGGCUCGUCUGAAAAACCUGAGUCAGAUAAAGAAAAUGAAAGCAAACCUCAGCCACAGCUUCAAGACAGUUUUGAUUUGAACUUCGCCGCUCUCUCAUUGAAUACUCCUGCUAAACCAUCAGAAGUGGUAAAACCCGCAAAGUUUGUCACUCCGUCUGAAUACAAAUCCACAAAUUUUCUUAGAACAAGUCGAUCGUUGAACUUUCAGCAUGCCACUCCUAAUAACAAAGUUCCAACAAAAGUGCAAUGUAGUGUGAACAUGCAGCCAUAUCUUAAAACGCCCAUUACUAAGGUUUUAACAGCUCAAAAAUCAAAGCAAAAUGACAGUGGAUCAGAGACAGUGCAAUUAUCGGUACCUCGAGAAAUUGGUUUCCACAAAAUGAAAGUGAACAAUGUGACAUACGUAAUUUUGAAUGAGUUAGGAAAAGGGGGUAGUUCUGAAGUCUUCCAGUGUUUCAAUAUACAGACAAAGGCGCUACGUGCCAUCAAGGUGGUUUCUUUGGAAAAUCGGACCUCCGCGAUUGGAUUUAUUAAUGAAGUGCAAACAUUGAAGAGGUUACAAAAGUGUAAUCGCAUCAUCAAGAUGUACGAUUUUGAAAUCAAAGAAGAAGAGAAUGUCUUAUUGGUGGUAUUAGAGGUUGGAGGGACUGAUUUAUCCAAAAUAUUGAAGGAGUCGGCGUCAAAUACAAAUCAUAUGCCACUAUAUAUGCUUUUGUAUUACUGGAUGGAGAUGUUAUAUGCUGUUAAACAGAUACACUCAAAUGGAAUCAUCCACUCUGACUUAAAACCAGCGAACUUUUUGAAAGUUGAAGGUUACCUCAAGCUGAUAGAUUUUGGCAUUGCGACGUGCAUGCAAGGUGAUAUGACAAGUGUGGUCAAAUUUGUACCAGAGGGUUCCUUCAAUUAUAUCAGUCCAGAGGCUUUGAGUGGCACUGAUUGUAGUACAAAUGUAGAUAGCCCUUCUUACGGAAAACCAAAGUACAAACUUAGCUUCAAAUCUGAUGUGUGGUCCCUGGGAUGUAUUUUAUAUCAGCUGGUAUAUAGACGAACUCCUUUCCAACACAUCACGCAAGUCUACGCCAAAUUAGCGACAAUUAUAGAUCCCAAUCACAAAAUCGAGUACCCCGACGCGAACUGGGUGCCGGAAAAGCUCAUCACCACGAUCAAGGCAUGUCUCCAAGUGAACAUGAAGCUGAGGCCUUCCAUAGAAAACCUAAUACAAGAAUACGAAAACAUGUUCCACAGUUUAGUCUGAACUGAUAUUCUUUAUUUUUUCAUAUAUUAUUUGUACAGGUAUAUUAUUAAAAAAUGUAAAAUAAAAAACCGCUUUAUUGAAAA